AUUAAGAAACUUGGAAAAAUCGCGACCAUUGAUCCGUAUAGGACAAAAUGGCGAAAUGCAGAAGCUGGACCUAUAGCUAAGGGCAAAAAUGAGAACAAGCUGCUCUCCACCAAAAAAGACAGGUUUCAACCGUACGAGCAGGAAUUCAAAAAAUGUCGAAUUUGUAAAUCAGUGGUGCAUCAGAUUGGCUCACAUUACUGCCAGCAAUGUGCCUAUCAGAAAGGCAUAUGCGCGAUGUGCGGUAAAAAGAUGGCCGAAACAAAGAAACUAAAAAUGUCUUGCGUCUAA